AUGGGAGUUCAAGAAAAUGACACACUUUCACAAUUGAGUUUACCACCUGGUUUUAGAUUUUACCCAACCGAUGAAGAGCUUCUUGUUCAAUAUCUUUGUCGCAAAGUUGCUGGUCAUCAUUUUUCUCUUCAAAUUAUUGCUGAAAUUGAUCUCUACAAAUUCGACCCAUGGGUUCUUCCAAGUAAAGCGAUUUUCGGAGAGAAAGAAUGGUAUUUCUUUAGCCCGAGAGAUAGAAAGUAUCCAAACGGGACUAGACCCAAUAGAGUAGCUGGAUCUGGAUAUUGGAAAGCUACUGGAACUGAUAAGAUUAUCACAAACGAAGGUAGAAAAGUUGGUAUCAAAAAAGCACUUGUUUUCUAUGUUGGAAAAGCUCCUAAAGGCACCAAAACUAAUUGGAUUAUGCAUGAGUAUCGUCUUCUUGAUUCUUCUCGAAACAACGGCGGCACCAAGUUAGAUGAUUGGGUUCUGUGUCGAAUAUACAAGAAAAACUCAAGUGCACAAAAAGCGAAUCCAAACGGCGUCGUUUCGAGCAGAGAAUACACACAAUACAGCAACGGUUCAUCUUCGUCUUCUUCCUCUCACAUCGACGAAGUUCUGGAAUCACUUCCAGAGAUCGACGACCGUUGUUUCAUGCUGCCACGUGUCAAUUCACUGAGAACGAUGCAGCAUCGUCAACAAGAAGAAGAGAAGGAACCGCAAACGCAAGGAAUGGUGAAUUUUGGUGGUUGUAAUGAGGUUUAUGUACCUUCUGUUUCCACGGUGCCGGAGAAGAAACUGACGGAGGAGGAGGUUCAGAGUGGGGCGAGAGCGAACCGGGUUGAGAAUUCUGGUUUAUUUCCAGGAAUGGGGUAUUCUAAUUCAGUUGACCCGUUUGGUUUUAGAUACCCGGUUCAACCGGUUGGAUAUGGGUUCGGGCAAUAA